AUGGCAGGAGUGAACGGAGAUCGAAAAGGAAAGAAAGAUGACAACGGCCUCGGCUCAGCCAUUGACUUUGUGCUGUCCAACGCCAAACUUGUGCUGGGGGUCGGAGGAGCCGCCAUGCUGGGCAUCGCUACACUCGCAGUCAAGAGGAUGUAUGACCGAACCCUCAGCGCUCCCACAAGCCCCACAAAGGCCAACCAAUCAGGAAAGAGGAGCUGGGAGGAGCCAAGCUGGCUGGGGUCAUCGCCACGGACGCUGAACCACGACAUGAAGCAGAACGUCAGUCGGUCACUGCAGACACUCCCCACGUCCUCCAGCUCCUUCCAGCCCGAUUUUCCACGGAGGACAGCAGGACGUCCCAGCAGCAGCAGCAGGAGCAGUAGUAAAGCAGCGCUGCAGCGAGGGCGUAUGCGUCUGUCCCUGCAGGAGCACCUGUGGGCGUUUUAUCACGAGCGUGUAAACAUCUCGCCUGAGGAGCAGCAGGCAGCUCGACAUGCUGCCCUCGAAAUCUGUGCAGAGCUCCGAGCUUUCAUCCACACCAAAGUGCCAGACAUGCCGCUCCGAGACAUGUACCUCAGCGGCAGCCUCUACCAUGAUCUACAGGUGGUGUCAGCGGAUCAUGCUCAGCUGAUGGUUCCUCUGAUCCUGGAGAAGAGUUUGUGGUCAUUCAUUCCUGGUGAGGAGACCAUCAUGAACGUUCCCGGGUUCUGGCUCGUGCGUCGUGAGAACUUGGAGUACUUCCCUCGUGGCAGUAGCUACUGGGACCGCUGCCUGAUCGGCGGUUACCUCUCACCGAAGAGCGUGCUGGAGGUGUUUGAGAAGUUGGUGACAGGGUGUAUGAACUGGCCGGCGAUUGGCAGCGUGCUGGGCUACGUGGUCCGUCCUGCCGUCCCGUCACACACAGAGGCGCUCACGCUCUCUCUGGAGGUGCAGUACGACUCGGAGCGACGGCUCCACGUCGACUUCCUGCCCCUGCUCGUCUCAGAGGAUGCUGUGUCUCUAAUCGCCAAACCUCACCGCGAGCGAGAGAACCUCUGGAGGCAGAGCUUUUGGUCGGCGGAAACCACGAAGCUGCUGGCUCUGGACCGAGACGAUGAUGGCUGCCGCUGCGUUUGCCUCAAAAUUGCCAAAGCCGUUUGCAAACUGAACCCGGCGCUGACGCCGCUGAACGCCAGUCACCUCGCUAACGCCGUGCUCCUGCUGUGUGAGAGUGAGCGCAACUGGAGCCGCGAGGUGCUGGCCGAACGCUUCACGCAGCUCAUACGUGCACUAGUGGGACACCUAGAGGCCGGGAGACUGCCCUGCGCCCUGGACCACAAGGUCAACCUGUUGUGUGAGCUCACGCCACGAGAGGUUGACGACCUGGGGUACACACUGUACUGCUCUCUAUCAGACCCUGAGAGUCUGCUCAGAACUGUGUAACACACAGACACACACACAAACACACUGCAGUGUAAAACAUGACUUUACUACCAAAACUAGCUCAUGCAUUAGUUGAAUAAGGUGUGUGUGUGUGUGUGUGUAAAACGUCACACUGCUAAAAUAGUCUGCUGCUAAACUUCAUUGGUGUUAAACAGGUCACCGCACUCACUCAUGCUGUUUUCCUUCAUAAAACAGUCGUGUGUGUGUGUGAUAGCAUGUUGAUCAGUGUUGCUAAUGUAAGUGUUUGUGCUUGAGAUCAAAACCCUGCCGUUUGAUUUGAUGAAUUCAAGAAUAAUUUAAAUAAAACAGCGCUGAUGUCAUGGCAUGAGUUUGGUUCCUCAUAACCCAGUGCAGGGCGGAGUUCCUGGCACCGCCCUCAGGGGGAUUAGUUUCCUAUAACAGCAUGUCCUCAAGAGUCUACUCCUCUUACAACACUGUAAUUUAGCAAGAAUUACAGUUUUUAUUGCUGAAAGAACGACACGGUACAUUUUAAUCUGUUUACAGUUACACUUAAACAAGUCAGUUCCUGCUGUUGCUUGUUAUAGCAGCUAUAAACACUCAUCAGUCUCUCUCUGUAUUCUCUCUCAGACCAUCACAGCUUGUCAUGUUGUCAUAGAAACUGCACAGAAGUGUUGCAAAGACUGUUACAAAGCGCUGACACCGGAGACUCCUUCCACACGUCUCGUAAUGUCUUUAUAAUCAGUGGAGCGUCCACCGCCGCGUCCGAGCUGUUACUAUAGAAACGAUAAAAAGUCUCAGAACGAACGCAUUCGUAUAAACCUAUGAUUUUGAUGCUGUUAUAGAAAACAAACCAUCUCCUUCUCUUCCAGCCAAUCAGAAUCCAGAACUCUGCAGCGAUGUGCAGUAACUGUGACGGGAAGGAGAGGCUUUUAUUUUCAUGCCAUUUUAUCAGGUCUAAUAAGAUUCGGAAACAUGUGAAAUGAGUGAAGAAGAGCUGCAGCAUUUCACAUAAUUUAAUGACUGUGACUUUUAUUUGAAAUGUUUUUGGAGUUUCUUCAGCUCGCUCAUGGCAUGUCUGUGGUGUUGAUGUGACUGUAGCGCGGGACGAGGCGGAGCGAGAUGCUCUGAUGGAAGAUCCGAACGUUUCUGAGGAGAUCAUUAUGCAAACGUCCCUUUCAGUGUUCUCUCUUCCACCAGUGAGUUUUUUAUACUGGGAAUGGUGUGCAGAAGAGUUCGGUGUUAUGGAGUCGUACAGGGUCAUGUUCAUCCUGGACUCAUUUAUUUAUAAAAGGGGGGGGGGGUAGCUUUAAAUGUUACUGAUAGUGUGUGAAUAUUUUUGGUACCUUAAGAAUGUUUGUUAUGGUCGUGUUGUUUAUUAUUCGCUGAGGGUCGUGUCUGCUGCUAAUAGACGCCUCGAAGCAGAUGACCUUCAGCAAAUGAUAAAUGACGGUUGGUAUGAAUGAAUGAAUAAACAGAUAAAUUAUUAAGAACGCUAUUUGUGUAUGAAAUGCAACUCAAACUCUAGUAACAUCAGAUCUAAAGCCGUAUUUAAUCAGAGAAACAUGUUAGUUAUGAUACAGAUGAUGAUGAUGAUGAUUCACUGCACUGUGAUGUAACGUGUCUUGUGAUCUAUUAAAACAGCAGCAACGCUCA